AUGAGGUUCAAUCUCGACGAGGCAUUGGAUGCUACCACGGACGAAGAGGUACCCACCAAUUUGGAAUCACUUCCCAGCGACGAUGACGAUGAAGAAUUGAAACUGGAUGAUGAUUUCCUGACGAUGUUGAGCAAUUUGAAUUUGAAAACAAGGUUGCCACAAUGGGAUAUGCAUCAUCGUGGUCAUUAUUAUCGUCGUCCUUUAUCCUCAGCAUCUUCUACAAGAGCUACUGGAAAGAUCGACACUGAGGAACAAAGAGAUGCUUUCGAUGUCAAGAGUCUGGGCGUUGCCUUACAGGAUUCCAUUAAUGAUAAGUUGGAAAAGCAAUUGCUAAUUAACAUGGAACAGAUUAACAAUAUUAAAGAGAAAAAACGACGAAUCCUAGAGGAACAAAAGAGACGAGAAGCUGAAGAGGCUAAGAAAAGAGAACAGGAACAAGAAAGAAUAAGGUUACAAAAGAUAAAGGAGGAACAGUUAGCCAAGGAAAAACUGGCUCAAGAGAAGCAAAAGGCUCUGGAGUUGGCUGCCCAACAAAAGGCUAAAGAGGAACAAGAAUUAAAAGCAAAGAAGGCUGCUGAAGAACAAGAACGUCAAGCGAGGGAAACGGCCGCCAAACAAAAUCAAUCAAUGACUGAUUUUGCUGCCAUUGACAAAUUAUUCUGGUCAUAUAAAGAGAAAAUUGCAUCAAUCAAGAAAGACAUAGUACAACCUGUUAAGGACUCAGAUAAAGAUUUAAGAAAUACAAUAUCGCGUCACAAGAGGAAAAUUAACCCAAAGUUUGGUCAAUUAACAAACAGUAACCAACAAUUAAUGAACAUUAAAGCUGAUUUAAUACAACUUAUUGAUCAAACCAAGGCAAACUCAUUAGCUUAUCAAUGGAUAUUAAAUUUUAUAGCCAAAGCUGCUGUGCACCAGGCAGAAACAGAAGUUAGAGUGAAACCUGAAUCUGCAUUACCUCUAGGUAAAUUAAUCCUUUCAUUACUUAUAACUUAUCCCGAAUUGAAGGAUUUACUCAUGGCUAGAUUUGUGAAGAAAUGCCCCUAUGUAAUCGGUUUCACUUGCAAGAUUGACACAGAAAAGGGAAGAAUCAAUAUGGGGUGGAAAAGAAAUUCUGAAGAUAAAUGGGAGGAUGAAUCUUCAUACAGUGAAAGAAUGGGUGGGAUGAUGACUUUAUUUUCUGUGCUAACAAGAUUACCGUUGCCACAAGAAUUUAUUACUUCUCACUCCCACCCACUACCGAUAACAAAAUCAUGGCAAAUGUUAGCCAGAAUAUGUAAUACUUCCUUGGAUCUUCUCACGAAUACACAUUUUAUAGUCAUUGGGAACUGGUGGGAUGCGUCAGCAGCAGAGUUCUUACAAGCAUAUGCGAACCAGGGUGCCAAACUGUUGCAAUUGUUAGGUGAUGACUUAACAAAUGUUGUGGCAGAACAUAAAUACUCUGGGGCUGCCAGAUUAAGAAUCCUAAUGGAGGAAUGGCAAAUGGGCCAGCUGAAAUCAUUCCCAGAAAUGGAAGCCUGA